AUGGCGUUUCGGCGUCUGUUCUCCACCGCCACCAAAAACAAGCAACUGCCGCUGAAAAACUCCGCCGUCGCUAACCCUAACCCUAGUCUAUGUUCUAUCUCCACCUUCAUCACACGUUCUUACUCGACUUCAUUCCUAAUCACCAAAACCCCCAAAUCUCAGAAGAAAAAACGCAAAAAGGAAGAAUCCGCAAGAACCAAACACGUACAGCACGAAUCCGAACGUAUUCCUCACUUUGAGAAGAUUCUCAAUCGAGACAGUCACUUCCGCUUUGUCACCAAAACCAAGGAUUACCUCUUGAAACAACCACAACAAGUCCUCCGCCUAGAUGAUGCCGGAAAACUCUACCGUGAGCUAGGGUUUCCUCGCGGCCGUAAAGUUCUAAAAUUCAUCCAGCGCCACCCUCUCAUUUUCCAAACCUACCGCCACUCCAAUGACAAAAUCUGGUUCGGAUUCACAGAUUUCAUGGAGACAUUUCUAGAAGAAGAGAAGAUGAUUAUGGAUGAAAUGGAACAUGAUCGGAUCAAUACUGUUAGAAAGCUGCUAAUGAUGUCUGCAAAUAAACGAAUUCCUCUAAGCAAGAUCUAUCACUGUAGAUCAUUAUUCGGGAUUCCAGAAGAUUUCAGAGAUCGUUUGAGAAAAUAUCCAGAGUAUUUCAACACCAUUGUUGAAGAAGAUGGAAAGAGAAUUCUCGAGCUUGUGAACUGGGAUCCAAAACUCGCCAUCAGCUCAUUGGAACAACAGUUCAUGGUUGAUGAAAAUCGAGCCAAGAAAGCUUUUCAAUUCAAGAUAAAACACGCAAAAUCAUUGAAUUUAGACGAACAAGAUGAACGGAAAUUGAAUCUGUUAAACACUCUUCCUCUGGUUUCGCCUUAUUCAGAUGGGGCAAGCUUGGAUCUUUGGACUUUGGAGGCUGAGAAGUAUCGGGUAGGUGUUCUUCAUGAGUUCUUGAGCUUGACAUUGGAGAAAAGAGCAUCGAUUCACCACAUUGUUGAGUUUAAAGAGGAAUUAAGUCUUACUAAGCAUACUUAUGCAAUGCUGUUGAAGCAGCCAAGGAGCUUUUAUUUGGCAGGAACUGAGAUGAAUUGGGUUGUGUUCUUGAAGGAUGCUUAUGGUGAAGAUGGUGUCUUAAUUCAUAAAGAUCCACAGGUUUUGUUUAAUGAGAAGUUCUGUGAGUUUGCAGACAAACAAGAACUGGAAAUUGAGUAG